AUGAGUAGCAAUGGGCUCAUUCUGAGCACACCGACUCCCGACGAAACCUCAGCAAUUGUCCAGCUGAAACCAGUUGCUAUGUCCGGGGAGACCGGGGAAGACACCUCCGUCUUCGAGGACAUCAAACCGGCCAUAAGGAUCCUGGAAAAUCCGCACGACCUGACCCAGCUUGACCCAGUGAGGAUGGAUCAUCGACUGCAGCUUGCCAUGGAGGCCCAGGCUGAAAUGGACAAAUACCUGACCGGCCCGCUGCCCCCCGAGUCUUUGCUGGCCGACAAGAAAUACCGCCGGGAGAGCGCCUCGGUGGUGGACGAGUUCUUCUCCACGGACAAGGGCCCCUCCGCGCCGUACAGCGUGAACAUCAACGUGAUCCUGCCGGACACCACCCACCUGCGCACGGGCCUCUACCGGCCCCCGAAGCCUCUCCCGGCCUUCCCGCAGAUCAAGACGGAGCCCGGCACCGGCUUCGCCCAGCCCUGCCCCGCUGCGGCCUCCGCCACCCAGACCCUGCCGGACUUCACCAGCGUCUUCAGCAUGCCGCAGUCGGUGGCGGUGAACAACAUCUUCAUCAAGCAGGAGAUGGCGGGGGAGAUGGCCCUGUCUGGCGGCCCGCCACCCACCCCGCUCUAUCCGCUGCCCAUGGGCGGGGGAGGCCUGGGGGCGGGCGACGUGGCCAUGGCCGGGCCUUCCCCAGGGGGCACUUCCACCAUUAACAGUCUCGGUGGCAUCGCCAUGACGGCGGGGAGCACCGGGGCCUCCCUCCACCGACCCUCGCGGCCCAGCGGGCCGGUGAAGCCUUUUCAGCAUCUCCCCCAGGGGCAGGGGAGCUUUGGGCUCCCUGGGCAGUACUACCCCACCCCGGGGGUCUCUCUGCCCCCCUCGCCCCCCAAUUCCCAGCCUGGCAGCCCGGAGAAUCAGCCCGAGCUGAUCAACACCUUGUCGCCGCCGCCCUCCUACGAAGCCACAUUCGGACUGAAGCUCGUGCAGUCGGCCCAGAUCCACCCCAUCCCCAACGGCCUGGGGACCCUCCCGCCGGGCCACGUGAUCAUGCAGGCCCCGAAAUUCAACCGGCGGAACAAUCCCGAGCUUGAGAAGAGGAGGAUUCACCACUGUGAUUAUCCAGGUUGUACAAAGGUUUACACCAAGAGCUCUCACCUGAAAGCCCACCAGAGAACCCACACAGGAGAGAAGCCGUACAAAUGCACCUGGGAAGGCUGCGACUGGCGCUUCGCCCGGUCCGACGAGCUCACCCGACACUACCGGAAGCACACGGGGGCCAAGCCCUUCAAGUGUGCCGCUUGCGGGCGCUGCUUCUCCCGCUCCGACCACCUGGCUCUCCACAUGAAGAGGCAUCAGAACUAAGUGUCACCCCCCCAACCACCUCUCCCGGCCCUGACCCCAGCCCACGGGGGGAUCCCCUCCUUCCUCCUCCGCCGGCGGACAACUCCUCUCGGACCCUAAGACCAUCGCUGAGCUGUGAACCGGCACCAGUUGCGACGGUUCCAGGACAGGUUCCCACACACAGGGGAAGAGACUGACUUACACCCACCGGACCAGCCCGAAUUCCCCCUUUUUUUUCCCUCCUUAAACAUAUGUCCUAAUCAAGGGGACUUGAAAAAAAUAUAUAUCUAGCGGCAAAGACCCCACCCACACAGAGGAAGCCUUCUUUGGACUAUAAAGCACUUCAUUUUCGAGUAACUGCUAUUUAUUGUCACUCGGGAUCGACUUCUGCAUUGUCGUCAAGCUCGCAGUUGGAGAGAGGUCUCUGGCCGCUACCCACCCGUUGCCCUGCCCUUGAACUGGUCGAAUGGUGGGAAGGGGCAGACCAGUGAUCUGGGGGCAUCGUGAGGGGCUUAUCAGUGUGGCAUCGGCUGUGUCCCGGCUACCGGCGCCCGGCCCAAGCAACGGACACAGGAUCCAGGACAUGGCUCAGCCCCUAAGCUGGAGCCGAGAUGUGGUUGCCACUGCCACGGCUCAGUGGUAGGGUCGAUUUGAGCCACCCUGUCCCCCCGAGGAUUCUGCACUCGUGAUUAUCGGUGAUUGAUUCCCGUUUGGGCUGCUUUUCCACCCUCCUCCUCCUCCUCCUCCUCCUCUCCACCUCCCUUAGAGACUCUCCCUGGUGGAUUAUCUGCUUCUCUCGAGUUGCCAGUUUGGGAAGAAGCAAAUCUGGGGUGGGCUAGGACUGCCGGGGGCCUAGAAGACAUCACAGUACGAGCCUUUCCCCAGAUGGAACCCACUGAACAAAGCCAGCACUGGGCCAAGCUGCUACUGAUUCCAGAGGACAACACUGGCCGCGGUCCCACCCCGUCCCCCCCGCGCCCAGGCUGACCACCUGGGGAAAGUCCAGCAGAGACUCUUCUCUUGUUUUUGGUGGGAAAGGGAUGGGGGAAGUGGCUGAUGACAUCAAGCUCCUUGGAAUUGAUUUGGGGGGAUGGAUUGCAGCUUCUCUUGGCACUCAUUUCUGGGGUACAGAUGGAAGUUCUCUUCCUAAGAUGGCAAGACUACAAUGUGUGCCACCCCAGAUUCCAUCUGGACCAGGUGACUCUCUGAGGGGCUUCAAGGGAUCGGACACGGCAGGGGGCAUCUUUAAAGGAAAAGACUUGUUUUUCCAGAAGCCCCGUUCUUCCUCCAGCUGGCAAACCCCUGCAAAGACCCGGCUGCCUUUUUCCUUUUGUGAAAGCGGCUUCGAACACAGCAUCUCAGUCACGGUAGUCUAAGAUGUCAAAUUAGCAAUCCAAAAAACCUACCUCACCGGUUGAUUCCUUAAGGCUUUUAGGAGCUGUCUCGUCUUCCUUAGAACAGCAAAGCAUUCAGUGUACUCGUAGCUGUUCUUCUGAUGCCUAUAAAGUGUUGACCACCCCUGGGACAAGUAACGGUUAUACUUUCUUAAGCAGCUAUCAUGUAAAAAAAAAAGUGUAAUUAUGUUCUGUUCACAUCUGGGACACAGUAAAUGGUGUAGCCAGUUUUAUGUAGAGUGACGGCAAUGUAGAUGUCCCCGGCAAACAGUGUAAGUAAUGUACAUAUGUGAUAUAAUUCCAAAGGGCCCUGAAAAAGCAAAAUGCUAGGACAACAGAUCUUUUAGAGGCUUAAAACACUGGAUGCCGUUGUUGACCGGUGAAGAUGACGGCCCCGGGCACUCUUCGAGACAAAGGGGCACAUGCUGCCGGUUCGAGGGUCCUGCAAACGGGUGGACGAGGCAUGGUCUUCCCUUCAGCAGUGUUUGGGUGAACCGCAUUGAAGCACUUGUAUCAGUAACAACCCAGCUUGCCUGUCCCGCCGAUGAGGUGAGUGAGACAAGGAGGGAGACUAGGGAGAAAGCAGAAGUAUAGGCCGCGAACACUUUCCAACCAAGAUGGCUCAGUGCCAUCAAUAAUCAUCUCUAAGGGAUUGUGUCUGGGAAGAAGGGUGGUGCCCCGUCUAGUUCCUAGACUGUACUGGGAGCUUUUGUGUCCGUUUCUAAAUUUUCAGUGCCGUGGCUCCUGCCACCGGGUUCCAUGGCUCAAACAUCACAGGGACCCGGGAAGAAAAUGCAAAGGAUAUGGAGCAAUCGCUAGGGCCAGGGUAUCCCUCUAGGUUUGGCUAACAUUGAGAUGCCAUCUGUGCAUCUUUUCCAAUGUGUUGGAUGUGCCUAGUUGCACACUAAAUGACUGGGACAGAAAGUCCUGUCGGUUGACUCGGUGGGAAUUGACGCCCGCCAGUGAGGAGAUGGUGCUGAUUUUCCAGGGAACAAUCCCAGAAGGCACUGGGGGAGAUUCGCCUCUGGUUCUUGAAGGCCUAGAAAGUUGGCUCCAUUCGGAGUCCGAGCAGGCCAGAGUGCCCAUCGACCCAUCGCACCGAAUGAGCUCACACAUGUUUGUACCAUCUUCCUCGUUCUCGUGUUGAGGUGUCCAGGUUCUAUUUAAUUUUUCCUGUGGAGGUUAAGAGUAGUAUUCGCAGAAUCAAUCAAUCAAUCGAUCGUAUUUAUUGAGCGCUUACUAAGUGCAGAGCACUGUACUAAGCGCUUCUACUAAGCGCAGAACACAACGGGCCCUUCGUAAACUGUAAAUUAAGGUGGAGGAAAGAUUAGGAUGAACCCAACUUCAUUCAGCCCACCGAGUUGAAAGCUUUCAGGGCAGAUGGUCAGGCUGACGGUCAGCUCGUUGACAGGAAGAAUGAUUGCCAUAUGGCCCAUGGAGGAACUCCGUUGAGAGAGAUUGGGAGAGGGAGAAUAAGGACCAUUCUAAGGCCCCCAGUUAACUCCAAGGAGAUAAGAGCAGUUUGAGUCAGCAGGAAUGAUGCUCACCGAACCAAGUUCACAGUGCUCGAGGACCACUUGCUGUAGCAGCCUAACGCCCCUCUCUCUCCUCAGUCGAUCGGGAGUUCGGUUUUCCCGGAAAGAAGGAAGCCAGGACAGCGGUGUGGUUUCGGCUCAGCUCAAAGCUGUCCUUGUCUGGGAGCUUAUUUGAAGUCAACACGGAGGCCGGGGAUCGGUGGGAUAACGGCUAUUAAUGUGGUCAUUCCACUGUCUCCUUUACCGGUAUCUCCAAGUGCCGAGUCGAGGGAUGGAGGGAAAACAGUGAAGUGGUUAGUCCCGUUCAGAGCUGGACACUAAAUUUGCUUGCCCAUGGGAAGUCUUCACCAUGCAUUCGAGUUUGGAGAGGAGCCUUCUCACUGUUCCCAUCCUCUUGACUGAGUUUCAGUGGGAAUCUGGAGAGCUUGGGUUGCAGGAAACCAGGCUACUUCUUUUUAGGCUUACCUGCCAUGACCUUAUUCAAAGAAUUCACCCUCGGCUCCAGCUUUCCCCACUGGUAGCUGUUUCCAAGGCCGGGAAGAGAGACCACUAAAAGGCAGUGAAUUACCUGAGUUGUUCAUCCUCCCUCUGCCACUCUUCCUUCUGAUGGGUAGGAUUCAAGGGGUCAGAGCUGGGCAGAAAGGGGAAAACUAGUAGAGCCAUGUACAAAUCCCCUAAGAGAAGCAGCGUGGCUCACUGGAAAGAGCACGGGCU